AGCUCAGGUAAAAACUCACCUGCUGCUCACCUUCUUCUUCUUCUUCUUCUUCUUCUUCUUCUUCUUCUUCUGUUUCUCUCUGCAGCAGAAGCCGUGACAGGGUUAGGGGUAAACUCGGUGAAUAAGUGAGGGUUCGGGGCUAGUCUUCACCCCCCGGCUGAUCAGACUCUUAGAGGGUUCGACUCACGGUGUGGCAGAGAGACUUCCUGUGUGGCUCAGAGGAGCGUUUCCUGUCACAAAAACAACCCGAACACUGACUGAGGAAUUUCUGAUCGGACUGUUUGACGACAAUCACUCGAGUUUUUUUGUCGGUUCUGAUUGGAUCACCUCAUCAUCAGGGUGGUCCCCUCAGAACUGGUCCCAGUUUUUCAGCCAGUUUCCCAACAGAGAGUCUGCUGAAAGUGUGCACUUUAUUUUGAAAGUUCAGCUCUUUCCUCUGCCAUCAGAAAGUGUUUCAUCACCAUGGAAACGUGUUUGUGGCGUUAAUGACUGGAUUCAGACGCUACUCUGUUAUUUCAAACCACAUCGUCCCCCAGCAGGUGAAGGAAGACCCCUUUAGUAACCCCACGUCUAAACCACCUGAGGUCCACUCACACAGCUGUGUGUGUGUGUGUGUGUGUGUGUGUGUGUGUGUGUGUGUGUGUGUGUGUGUGUGUGUGAUCUUAGUCCAUAAAACAUGAUCAUUUAAAGACCAAUGUUUGUUUUCUGUGUCUUUAUAUAUGACAGUGAUAGUAAUAAUAUUAACACUAAAAAUAAUAAUAAUAAUAAUAAUAAUAAUAAUAAUAAUAAUAAUAAUUGUUAUGAUGGAUAAUAAUAAACAAAUUAAUAAUAAAACACUGAUUUAAAAAAUAGAAAAUAUUUGUAUUAUUUGUAUUAUUUAUGAUCGUAUAAAAUAAAAUGAAAUAAUAAUAUUAAUAAUAAUUGUUAUUAUUAUUAUAAUUACAAUAAUAUGAACAAUAAUAACAUCAACAAUAAGAAUAAUGAUCAAAUGAAUAUUAUAAUUAUAAAUAAACAAAUUUAUAGUAAAAAUACUAAUAUGAAUAAUGAUAACCAGUUAUAAUAAGAAGAUCAAUAAAAAGAGGAAUAAUGUUAUUAUUUAUGAUUAUAGUAAUAAUAAUAUUGAUAAUAAUAAUUUGAACAUUAUUAACAUUCAUCUUUAUUUCCUGUGUUUUUUUAUCAUCUGUUUGACCCGUCAGUAUCUGACUCUGUAUCUGACUCUGUAUCUGACCUCCUCAGAUUUUUGAUAACAUGAUGAUGGAUCCGUCUUCGUGGGAGUUUACGCACUAUCCAAUGAUGUCUCAGAACACAUCCUUACGCACAGGUAAGCCCCGCCCCCUCACACCUGUCCUACAGGUGUCCCGGUGAGUUCUUCUUCUUCUGUUUGUGUCUAAAAUCUGCUGCGGUGGUUUUAAAGUGAAAGCGUUUCAUGACGUCCCGGUUUCUAGACUCUGUGGUAAAAGUGGGCGGAGCCUGUGAAUCUCACUUCCCUGUUGGUGUCCUCAGGUGGUCAGUGAGAGUAAAGACAGAGCUGUAGGACGAGGUCAAAGUGACUCCUCUGUAUUUACAUGAGAUUCACUUCCUUAUUGGACUGCAGAGAAGGAGGUCAAAGGUCAGCCAUCAGCUCAUCAGCUCAGGGUCAGACGGAGGACCGGGUUAUUUUUAGGGUUUUUAUGUUCGUUUGUACGUCUGUCUGUAUGUUUGUUUGUAUAUAAAAACAGAGAAACUCGGUGUUCCUCUGCGCUUCAUCGAAUCUGAUUCUGUCUGUGAUUCUGGGUUUUCUUUAGUGGGGGGUAAUAAUCAAUGAACGGGUCAGCUGAUUGGCUGGAAUCACAACAUUAUUGUUGUUGUUUAUUAUUGUUUAUUUAAAUAAAAACAUCUUUAAAUUAAGACCAACGACAGCAGCAGACAAACAAACUUUACGAUAUUUGUCCAACCAGCUGGAGUUUUUAUAAAAACAGACGGUAAAUACUGAGGAAAAAAUCAGGUUCACAAAAAUCCUCAGUGUGUCAGUGCUGGUUUACUGGCUGUUUACUGACUGUUUACUGACUGUUUAGAGAGUUUACUGGCUGUUUACUGACUGUUUACUGGCUGUUUACUGACUGUUGAGAGAGUUUACUGACUGUUUACUGACUGUUGAGAGAGUUUACUGACUGUUUACUGACUGUCGAGAGAGUUUACUGGCUGUUUACUGACUGUUUACUGACUGUUUACUGACUGUUUAGAGAGUUUACUGACUGUUUACUGACUGUUUAGAGAGUUUACUGGCUGUUUACUGACUGUUUACUGACUGUUUACUGACUGUUUAGAGAGUUUACUGACUGUUUACUGACUGUUUAGAGAGUUUACUGGCUGUUUACUGACUGUUUACUGACUGUUUACUGACUGUUUAGAGAGUUUACUGACUGUUUACUGACUGUUUACUGACUGUUUACUGACUGUUUAGAGAGUUUACUGGCCGUUUACUGACUGUUUUCUCUGUUGGUCUGUUUCUGUUUCUGUUUUCAGUUGAUGGACCCUUCCUGCAGAUUAUAGAGCAACCAAAACAGGUGAGACUCUUCACCUCCACCUCCUCCUCUUCAUCCCCCACCCUCCUCCUCCUCACCUCCUCUCCUCUCCUUCACCUCCUCCUCUUCACCUCCUCCUCUUCACCUCCUCCUCUCCUCCUCCUCACCUCCUCCUCUCUGUUUCAGCGUGGUUUCAGGUUCAGGUACGGUUGUGAGGGUCCGUCUCAUGGCGGUCUGCCUGGAGCCUCGAGUGAGAAGAACAGGAAGACAUACCCGACAGUCAAGGUACGACUUCCUGUGUGUGUGUGUGUGUGUGUGUGUGUGUGUGUGUGUGUGUGUGUGUGUGUGUGUGUGUGUGUUAUGGUAGUGUUGUGUAACCCCCUCCUCAUCUUGUUGGACCUGUGAGGACCAGGAUUCUCUCUGUGAUCUUCAGUCUUGCUCAGAAUGUUGCGUCUGAAAGUGUGAAAUGGUCCUUUAAAUUCAGACACUGUCAUUCAAAACAACAGAAAUAUGAUUUAAUCCUGUUCUAACAUGAUAUCAUGUGAUUUAAUCCUGUUCUAACAUGAUAUCAUAUGAUUUAAUCCUGUUCUAACAUGAUAUCAUAUGAUUUAAUCCUGUUCUAACAUGUUUGGAUUCAGCAGACUCUGAUCAGUUUCAAUAAAAAAAGUUUGAUACCAGAGGAGAGAAUCUGAAAUCAAUAUUAUUAAUGACUCCAUUCAGGAUUGAUCUCUCCCUCUCUCUCUCUCUCUCUCUCUCUCCCUCUCUCUCCCCUCCCUCUCCUUCUCUCUCUCUCUCUCUCCCUCUCUCUCUCUCCCUCUCUCUCUCUCUCUCCCCCUCCCUCUCUCUCUCUCUCCCUCCAUCUCUCUCUCUCGCUCCCUCCCUCUCUCCCUCUCUCUCUCUCUCUCCCCCUCUCUCCCUCCCUCUCUCCCUCUCCCUCUCUCUCUCUCUCUCUCUCUCUCUCUCUCUCUCUCUCUCUCUCUCUCUCUCUCUCUCUCUCUCUCUCUCUCUCUCUCUCUCUCUCUCUCUCUCUCUCUCUCCCUCUCUCCCCCCCCCACUCUCUCUCCCCCCUCGUUCAAACAGAUCACUAACUACCAGGGUCCGGCCCGUGUGGUGGUCCAGUUGGUGACGGCGUUGACGGCGCCCCCUCAGCUGCACGCUCACAGUCUGGUGGGGAAACAGUGUGAUAAAGGGAUAUGUGUGGCCGACCUGCAGCCCAAAGACUCCACCAUCAGGUCUGAACCAGCACAGCUGAUCCUGGACCCACCUGUCCACUCAGGUGACCCGCUCACAGGUGUGUGUGUGUGUGUUUGUGUGUCUCCUCAGCUUUCCAAACCUGGGCAUCCUCCAUGUGACCAAGAAGAACGUGGCGAAGACUCUGGAGGAGAGGAUGGUGGAGGCCUUCAGGAUGGGACACAACUGUGGGGUCUCCAUCCACCCUGAGAUCGACGCCCUACAGGGGGAAGUCCGGGUCCCGAGGGACCUCACAGGUCAGUGUCAGACCUAAGAGUGUGAGUGUGUGUGUGUGUGUGUGUGUGUGUGUGUGUGUGUGUGUGUGUGUGUGUGUGUGAUCAGGAUAUCCAUGGGAGGACUGUAGACUGUCUCUAGAAUAGACGCCGUCUGCCUCCUCCUCUCUCUGAGAACAGCGCCCUCUGGUGACGGGCUGCAGUAUAGGUCCUAAACCCCGCCUCCUUAUGGAGCUGUGGACAAACUUUAUAAAUGAAUGACACAGAAUAUAAAUGUUUCUCCCCCCUGGUUGUGAUGUUGACAUGUAGUAACUGUCAGACUGGUUUGUGCUCAAGUCCUCUUUUUUCUGUACAGCUCCAUUUUUAAAAGUUAUUAGGGGGUUCAUGUUUUCUAUGAUUGACACCUGAUACAGCCUAUGGGAGGACAGAGAUGGAGUAGAUCACCGGGGGAUACGCUGUUUGAGCCGAGCGUCAUCACAGAGACUCUCUCGCUGAAACAAAAAACGGUUUCAGGACGUGGAGAAAAUCCCCGAACUACAACGACAGGAGGCGGAGCCACGUUGGCGAUUAUAUAUACAGUCUCUAGUUCAGACACUCGAGGUCCGAUGGUUUGUUCUGUUUACCUCAGAAGAAGAUGGAGCUGAGUGGGAAUUUGAGAACAACAAUGUGAGGAUACUGAAGACCGUGGUGGUCCGUUUGGUCCGAGUCACUUUAGACCUGAAGAAGAGGAACGUCUUCAGGAACCUCCAACAGUCAAGCUGUCCUCUCAUCAAAGACUUGGAUCACCAUGACCUGGAGACACGUCCACCUGCACAGACACAGAUCUUUUUUCACGUCUUCAUUUCUCCUGCUCUUUACGUUGUCCUUGUAUAAACUGUUUUUCUAGCUUCUCUGCUGUGAUUGGUUUAAAUCUAACCUCCCCGUCUCUUCGCCCCCCGCCCCCUCAGAUCACCAGCGCAGCCUGAUGAGCUCGGUGGCGGCUCUCCAGGCGAAGGAAAUGGACCUGAGUGUGGUCCGCCUCAUGUUCACAGCAUUCCUUCCUGACAGCGACGGCGGUUUCUCCAGACGUCUGGAGCCCGUGGUGUCGGAGCCGAUCUACGACAGCAGUGAGUCCGAAAUACUGUUAGAGGUCCGAUCAGUCUGUCAGUGUCUGAAGGUUCAAAACGAGUGUUAAGGAAACAAGGAAGCCCAGUCUGUGUAGUUCCCUCAGUAUUUCCUCAUUGUUCACUUGUUGUUUCCUUGUUGUUUCCUCGAUGGUUCCUCAGUGUUUCCUCAGUGUUUCCUCGUAGUUCCCUCGUUGUUCCUUCGUUGUUUCCUUGUUGUGUCCUUGUUGUUUCCUCGAUGGUUCCUCAGUGUUUCCUCAGUAUUUCAUCGUAGUUCCCUCGUUGUUCCUUCGUUGUUUCCUUGUUGUGUCCUUGUUGUUUCCUCGAUGGUUCCUCAGUGUUUCCUCAGUAUUUCAUCGUAGUUCCCUCAUUAUUUACUCGUUGUUUGCUUGUUAAUUCCUCAGUGUUUCCUUGUAAUACCCUCAUUGUUUCCUCAGUAUUUCCUCGUUGUUCCCUUGUUGUUCCUUCGUUGUUUCCUUGUUGUUUCCUUGUUGUUUCCUUGUUGUUUCCUCCAUGGUUCCUCAGUGUUUCCUCAGUGUUUCAUCGUAGUUCCCUCAUUAUUUACUCGUUGUUUGCUUGUUAAUUCCUCAGUGUUUCCUUGUAAUACCCUCAUUGUUUCCUCAGUAUUUCCUCGUUGUUCCCUUGUUGUUUCCUCACUGUUCCCUUGUUGUUUCCUCGAUGUUUUCUCUAUGAUUCCUCAGUGUUUCCUUAGUAUUUCCACGUUGUUCCCUCUUUGCUCCCUCAGUGUUUCCUCGUAGUUCCCUCGUUGUUCCUUCGUUGUUUCCUUGUUGUUCCCUCGUUGGUUCCUCGAUGAUUCCUCAUUGUCUUCUUGUUGUUUCCUUGUUGUUUCCUCGAUGUUUUCUCUAUGAUUCCUCGUUGUUUCCUCAGUAUUUCCACAUUGUUCCCUUGUUGUUUCCUCACUGUUCCCUUGUUGUUUCCUUGUUGUUUCCUCAUUAUUCCCUCGUUGUUUCCUUGUUGUUCCCUCGUAGUUCCCUUGUUGUUCCCUUGUUUUUCCCUUAGUAUUUCCUCCUAGUUCCCCUGUUCUUCCCUCAGUGUUUCUUCUAUGAUUCCUUAUUGUUUCCUUGUUGUUUCCUCAGUAUUUCGUAGUUGUUCCCUUGUUGUUUCCUCAUUGUUUCCUUGAUGUUUCCUUGUUGUUCCCUCGUUGUUUGCUCUAUGAUUCCCCAGUGUUUCCUCGUAGUUCCCUCGUAGUUCCCUCGUUGUUUCCUUGUUGUUCCCUCAGUAUUUCCUCUUUGUUCCCUCGUAGUUCCCUCGUUGUUCCUUCGUUGUUUCCUCUUUGUUCCCUCGUUGCUCCCUCAGUAUUUCCUCAGUGUUUCCUCGUAGUUCCCUCGUUGUUUCCUUUGUUGUUUCCUCGUUGUUCCCUUGUUGUUCCUUUGCUGUUUCCUCUUUGUUCCCUUGUUGCUCCCUCAGUAUUUCCUCGUAGUUCCCUCGUAGCUCCCUUGUUGUUUCCUUGUUGUUCCCUCAGUGUUUCCUCUUUGUUCCCUCGUUGCUCCCUCAGUAGUUCCCUCGUUGUUCCUUCGUUGUUUUCUCGUUGUUCCCUCGUUGCUCCCUCAGUAUUUCCUCAGUGUUUCCUCGUAGUUCCCUCGUUGGUCCUUCGUUGUUUCCUCUUUGUUCCCUCGUUGCUCCCUCAGUGUUUCCUCGUAGUUCCCUCGUUGCUCCUUCGUUGUUUCCUCUUUGUUCCCUUGUUGCUCCCUCAGUAUUUCCUCAGUGUUUCCUCGUAGUUCCCUCGUUGUUUCCUUAUUGUUCCCUCAGUGUUUCCUCGUAGUUCCCUCGUAGUUUCCUCGUAGUUCCCCCGUUGUUCCUUCGUUGUUUCCUCUUUGUUCCCUUGUUGCUCCCUCAGUAUUUCCUCAGUGUUUCCUCUUUGUUCCCUCGUUGCUCCCUCAGUGUUUCCUCGUAGUUCCCUCGUUGUUUCCUUGUUGUUCCCUUAGUGUUUCCUCGUAGUUCCCUCGUAGUUCCCUCGUUGUUCCUUCGUUGUUUCCUCUUUGUUCCCUCGUUGCUCCCUCAGUAUUUCCUCGUAGUUUCCUCGUAGUUCCCUCGUUGCUCCUUCGUUGUUUCCUCUUUGUUCCCUCGAUGGUUCCUCUAUGAUUCCUCACUAUAUAAACAGUGAACCCUGUUUGUCUCGAGCUCUCAGUUUCCAGCUCUGUCUUCAGGUCGGUAGUGAACUCAGGCCUGGUUUCAUUUCCUGUUUUUUUUUUUCUUUUUUUUGUGUUUCUGUGUCUGGCGGUUUUUAUUCUCAGCAGCUUCCUGUCGAAGCUCAAACUUCCUUUAGAUCAGAAAUGCUCCAAACUUUCAGUCUCCUCUCUGAUCUUCAGUCAGAACAUUUUAGUCUGUUUCACAUUUUAAUGAUAGGUUGGAUUUCAGAUGUUUGAAAAGAAGCACUUUCUCUGAGCUGCUGCCCCCUUCAGGCUGCAG